UCCAAUGCUCGCGCAGGGCGGUGUGAGUGUGGCGAGCUCGAAGGCAGUGUGUUAGCUCAGCCAGCGCGAGGUUAGCCGUUAGCUCAUAUCACAGCGAGCGAUCAUGGCAGCGGUGCGCAGCCUGCAGGUGUCUGUAAAGUCCGACAGUGCGUCCGAACGGUCUGAGUCAGACUCGGAAUCAGACUCAGAUCGAGAUGCCCGUGAAGCGGAGCCCAUGGAGGUGGAGGAGGGAGAGCUGGAGCUGGAGUCCAUUUCUGUUCGCCGAAGUUUAAAAGAGCUGUUGCCGGACACCAGUAGACGGUAUGAAAAUAAGGCUGGUACGUUUAUCACUGGAAUUGAUGUCACUUCUAAGGAGGCCAUUGAGAAAAAGGAGAAACGAGCAAGAAGAUUUCAUAUUCGAGCAGAGGAGAAUCUGCCGCAGAGAAAUGUCGUUCUGGACAGAGAGGUGGUGAAGGAAGCUAUCCCAAAUGUGCGUCUAGAAGCCUUACACAUGAGUGGUGUAGAUGACAUGAGUACUCAAGAUAUUUUUGGAUACUUUAAAGAGUACCCGCCUGCCCACAUUGAGUGGAUAGAUGACACUUCCUGCAACGUGGUGUGGCUAGAUGACAUCACUCCAGCCAGAGCUCUCAUUAACUUCAGUCGGAUGCCGGACAAAGAAGAGGACACAAACGCAGAAAGCUCAAAACCCUCUGAACUUCCAGUACAGCCACAGAAAGCCAGACGAAACCGUGCCUCUGAUGAGGAGGAAGAGGAGGAAGAAGGUGUGGUAGAUGAUGAUGAUGAUGACGAUGUUGGGAAAGCAGACAAGAACAAGAGCAGUGAUGGCAGUGAGGGUAAGGCUAGCGACAUUGAAGAGGAGACGGAGAAGAAGGUGCAGGAAACCACAGAGACAGAGCUGCUAUCUCAGACAGAGCGAGAAUCUCUUUUUCGGAACGAUUUUCGACCCACAAUCAAGCCCUUCAAAGGCAACAAGCUGUUCUUGCGCUUUGCCACCCAUGAUGACAAAAAGGAGUUAGGUGCAGCCAGGAGAAGUCGGUACUAUAUGAAAUAUGGAAAUCCAAAUUAUGGUGGCAUGAAAGGCAUUUUAAGUAAUUCUUGGAAACGGAGAUAUCACACACGGAGAAUCCAGCGUGACGUUCUGAAGACCAAAAAGUCUCUAAUUGGAGACAGCAUGGGACACACCCCACCCUACACUCAUCGACACUCUGCUGAUCUGGUGAACUUGCCAGAAGAGCCUAUAGAGGAAGAGGAAGAAGAGGAAGAUGGAGAAGAGGACAUGGAUGCUGAUGAUAGAGUGGUGGAGUACAGAGAUCGGGGAGACAAGGAACGGGGACCACAGCUCGCUGAAGGGGGUCUGCGCAGUCGCUUGGGAGACCCGUCACCUGGCUCUUCAGAUUCAGAUGAGAUGGACUAUGACCUGGAACUGAAGAUGAUCUCAACGCCUUCCCCUAAAAAGAGCAUGAAGAUGACAAUGUAUGCUGAUGAAGUGGAAACCAACCUUCGCAGUCUUCGAAACUCCAUACGAAGUGACACAAGUAGCAGUGUUAAGAGUCGCAUUGGCAGUGGUGGUAGUUGUGAUGGAGGAGGUGGCUCAUCCAAAGCUAUAUCAGACAAAGUGACCGAUGUGAGGCAGUUACUGGAGGAGAAGAGACAAGGACUCUCCCAACAGAGAUCACGCCCUCCAGUGGCGGCUUCUAGUGGCAAGACUGAUGUGAGACAAAGAUUAGGCAAGAGGCCACACUCUCCAGAAAGGCAGCGCUCCGUCUCUCCUGUCAUUUCUAGGAGCACAGUUUCUCGGAGAGAGCCUUUGACGGAUGUGCGCAGCAGACUUGGUGUGGCUAAACAUGAUAGCCGUUGCCUCUCCUCAGAGUCCUCAAAAGAUAAGAAAACAGGGGGCUUGUGGAGUCGCCUCGGCCCAUCUCACAAAGACGGUUGCGACAAUCACAAGGUUUCUUCACGAGCAUCAUCUUCAAGAGAGAUACGACGACGCGAUAAUGUGGAAUCUGAUGGAGUUGACGAAGAAGCUGAUGAAGAGGACGACUCUCAGCUGCAGAAGGUGUGGGGAGCGAUGAUCAAAAAAAAGGAGCAGCAGUCCACCAAGAUGAAAAAAAGCAGACUGGACAACCUGCCCUCACUGCAGAUCGAGAUCAGUCGAGAUAGCAGCAAUGGCUCGGACAGUGACUCCUGAGUGACUCCUACUGUAGGUAGAAAAUGUGUAGGAAAUGGAGAAAUUAUGGCAUAUAAAAUAAAGUGGAGGGGAGUUGGAUAACAUCUCUGAUAGACUUUGCAAAGAAACUGUGAAAUCUAAUUAGUUAACCUUACUUAAAAAGCAUGUAAACCGAUUGCCUUAAAAAUCGAAGUAAAAUGUACUUAUUUGGCUCAAGUAAAGUGAACUAGGAAUAGUCUUCAUCCAAAUAAGUAUAUUUACAUAAUUUUUUUAAGGCAAUUGGUUUCCUCACUUUUUUAAGUAAAGUCCACUUAUUACAUUUAACAGUGAUGUAUACUUAAACAUUCCCACACUCCCAUCUCUUGCCUCUCUACAGACUUUGCUGGUGUUCUCCUUAAAUCUCUAUCCAAGAAAUGUAUCGACUAUGAGAGAGUUGUUUAAAAAAAAAAAAAAAAAAAAAGGAUGGCGAGUUUUUUUUUUCUUCGUCAUUUCAAAGAAAGGGCAUUAAUGAAAAAGCCCUUGUGUGUUUGUAUUCAAAAGAAAAUGUUAAGAUUGGUUGUUGUAUUUAACAUGUAUUGAGGGCCCGUUUUAAUUGUAUGGUGAUGCAUCAGAUUGAUAAAAACAAAAAAAACAGCCCCAUGAGAUGAUGUAGUGGCUGGAAGAGCAAGCGAUGUAAAAGGGUGUCUAUUGUUAGCAAUACCGUUUUUUUUUUUAAGCUUGUCAGUGUCAAUGAUAAAUUAAUGGGUUGUUGACUUUGUGUUUCACUGGUGCAAGCCAUAAUAAUGCAUGGACUGGACCUGGAUGGAUCAGUGCUUUAAUUUACUCAGCCCUGUGAGAUGGGUGCAUACUGUAGCCAAGCUAAUGAUAUUUUUUUUCUCACAGGAAAUUCCAUAAAUAUAUGUGAUCAGUGCAACAAGAUUUCAUUAGGA